CACAUGGUAGGAGGGUAGAUUAUCAUUUCUGAGUAGCAAAUUAAUUCGAAGAAUUCGACGCUUUUCGGAAGGUGAGAUUUCCUCGUGAAUCACUGUUUUUGUAAGUCCAUGUUUUUUUCUUUACAUUAGAAGAAUUGAGCAUGAUUUUAGGUCAGCAACCCGUGGUUUGAGCUGCGUGACAGACGACAGAAGGGUGUAACUCGUUGAAUUUGUACAUCUUGUGUGAACAAGAGACAAUUAAGCAUCAAUUUUUGGAUAUUUGAAAACAUCUGACAAAAGCUAUGCUAAAUUGGAUGUUUCGAAUCGCAUGAAGUGUGGUAACGAUGAGUUCAAACUUAAAUUUGUGAAUGCGUUGACGUGUUUACGAAAUGGGAUACAUUUAUGUCACACCACAACUCAUAGCUACAUUAAAUCAUGCAAAAAAUAUUUUGUUUUCAGGGGUAUGUAGCGGUUAACUUUUAUCCGAAAAACUUUCAACCUUUCCGUAGAAAUACUAUUGUGUAUUCAAAUCACAUACUGAGCUCUUAAGAUUGUGAUUUCUAUCUGAACGUUUGCACUUUAAUUCUCAAGACCGAACAGUGUAUGUAAGUUUAUGCAAUGUCCAGGUGACAUUACCCAAUAAAAAUUAAUGUUUUUGCAUUUGGUUCUUUCUCUCAAGGAGCUUGACUUACCAUUGAUCCAGAGCCAUCUAGGAUGCCCAAUGUAUACUUAUGUUGCAUAAUAUCUAUUAAAUUGUCUGAUUAUAAUACAUUUUGUUUCAUAAAAUUCAUUUCACUGCAAAGACCAUUGCAUUUUGUAUUUUUAAAGGAAGAAAUUUGAAGUUUUAUGGUUGAUUCAGGAUUUAAUUCAUUUUGGUAUUCUUUAUUGAUUUUGAAAUGAAUUACAGUCAAUUAAAAAAAACAAUAAUUCUUGUGUUUGUUUGCAAAAAUGAAAUUUUUAGGUUAGUCCAGAUACCACAAUGAGCAGCAACAGACGACUAAAGUUAAUAGCAGGCCACUUAGACCAGCAGAGUAAAACAGAUGUGGUUAAACAAAAUUGUGCAGAUGCAACAGCAGAACCAACCACUGAGGCUGAGGACAAAAAUCCAGGCAGGCAUGACAUCCUGAAGUGGAAUGGCUGGGGCUAUGAUGACUCAAAGUUUUUAAUCAAUAAGGAUGGCCAGGCUGUAUUCACAGGAUCUCGUUACAUACUUGGAGGACACUCUUUCCCUAAAUUGGUGGAUUGGUUUACAAAAUCAUGCCAUGCGGAUGUAAACAUUUCCUCUCCUGCUCAGCCUCUUCCUGAUCCAAGCACUUUACCAAGUUCACAGAUUAACCAGCCUUUCUUAGAUCAUGUCAAGGGAACAGGAGUGCAGUUUUCUUUGGAUCCACAUAUGAGGCUUUUCCAUGGUCAUGGGCAUACUUGUCAUGAGAUCUUUGAGCUUCGUCAUGGAAUGCUGCACAGGAUUCCAGACAUUGUCAUUUGGCCAAAUUGUCAUAAAGAGGUGGAGAAGGUAGUGCAGCUGGCUGUUGAGCAUAAUGUUUGUAUUAUACCUUUUGGAGGUGGUACCAGUGUGUCCAGUGCAUUGGAAUGCCCAGUUACGGAGAAGAGAAUGGUUGUGUCCUUGGACAUGACAGAGAUGAAAAAGAUUCUUUGGGUUGAUGAAGAAAACUUGGUGGCUCACAUUGAGGCAGGGAUUAUUGGUCAAGAAUUGGAAAGACAGGUUAGUUUUGAGGUGUUUGUUAGUCCUCUGUGAACUUGGGUCUGUCAUCAUGGAAAGAGAAAGCUUUUUUUAAGGUGUUUUCAACAAGGUGAAAAAAAUUCUUUUCUAACAUCAUAACCAUGGGCAUAGUUUUGUAUCCCUCAUUUCAAUCUCAACCUAUUUUAAAAAAAAAUUAUUUUUGUGAAUGUCAUUUAACAAUUCAACAUCUCCAUGUUAAUUUGGGGUGUAAGCAUGAAUUUUCAACUGUCUUACCAGAGUUUCACAAAAGUGAUGAACAUCUCCUUAAACAGACAACUUGUUGAGAACAGACAACUUGUUAGCCAGGGUGUGUUAUCUUGAUUUAAAACCAUGUUCUUUUCAAAGAUAUGAGUCAAAAGAGAGAAUUGCAAAUCAAAUCUUGAAGGAGGAAGGGUAAAUGGAAUCAAAAAGCAUACCUAAAAAUUAUCAUGAAUCAUUUAGAGUGUGAUAUAUAUUGAGAUAGGGAAGAAAACAAAGAGACUGUACUUUCAUCCCUUCAACCCUUACAUCAGGGAUGAAAGUAUAGUCUCUUUGUUUUUUCCCCUAUCUAUAUAUAGAAGAGUUGUUUGGGCUACUCACACCCCAGGGCCCCCCCCCCCCCCCAACCCCACCUCACCUUUGUUCCUGCUCCAUUUCCCCUUUUUGAUACUGAACUGAAUACUGUACUUAAAAUUUCACAUGGUAUGUUUUUUCAGCUGAAUGCCAGAGGUCUCUGUGUAGGUCAUGAACCUGACUCGCUGGAGUUUAGUUCUCUGGGUGGUUGGGUCGCCACACGUGCAUCAGGUAUGAAGAAGAACAUCUAUGGUAAUAUUGAAGACAUUCUAGUGCGUGUGCGCAUGGUGACAGCAAGAGGAACGGUUGAAAAAAGCUGUCAAGUUCCCCGGAUGUCUACUGGCCCGGAUAUCCACCAUUUCAUCAUGGGCUCGGAGGGAACGCUGGGCGUGAUAACUGAGGUUAGUUUGCGGAUCCGUCCGUUACCUGAGUGUAAAGUCUAUGGCUCUAUUGUGUUUCCCACGUUCGAUAUUGGGGUGGCUUGCGUGAGGGAGAUUGCCAAACAGCGCUGUGCUCCAGCUUCGAUUCGCUUAAUGGAUAACGAACAGUUCGUGUUUGGACAAGCUCUGAAAUCUGAAAGUGGAUCGUAUUUCAAGUCUUUUAUCGAUGGCUUCAAAGCUGUCUAUCUGACCAAGUUUAAAGGCUUCGACCCACAUCAGCUAGCGGUAGCUACACUUCUUUUUGAGGGAGACAAACAAACUGUCGCCAGCCAACAGAGGAAAAUUUACGAAAUCGCUUCCCAGUUUCGUGGGAUUCCAGGGGGCGAAGAAAACGGCCAGAGAGGAUACAUGUUGACCUUUGUGAUCGCCUACCUAAGGGAUCUUGGCUUUGAUCAUCACUUCCUUGCCGAGUCAUUCGAAACAUCUGUGCCCUGGGACAGAGUCACAGACCUGUGUCGCAACGUGAAAGAAGCGCUGAAACGGAAGUGUGCAAACCUUGGAAUCAAGUACCCACCCUUAGCCACCUGCAGAGUGACGCAGACAUACGAUGCCGGUGCAUGCGUUUAUUUCUACUUUGGCUUCAAUUACCGCGGGCUACCCAACCCAUUAGAGAUGUACGACGCGGUGGAGAGUGCUGCCCGCGAUGAAGUUCUCGCCAAUGGUGGUAGCUUGUCUCAUCAUCAUGGAGUGGGCAAACUCAGAAAGAAGUGGCUUCGUCAAACCGUCUCUGAUGUAGGUAUUGAAAUGUUAAGAGGCAUCAAGCAGGCAGUGGAUCCUCAGAAUAUUUUUGGAAAUGGAAACCUGUUAUGAUUUCACAAUAGGUUGUGAAAAAUUAUUCUAUUCAAUAGUAGAGAGUGUACUGAUUUCGAGGAUGAGUAGCGUCUGAAGUUAAAACUCUGAGUAAACUUUCGCCGUAAUAAUCAACAAAGUUUUUUUUUUAACCCAGACGGAGAGUUUGAAAGAAGGUUAAGCAUAUCAGUUGAAAUAUCAGUACCUUGUCGUGGGGAUCACUGCUGAUCUAACAUGGGAUAUUUACUGGGCUGGAAGUAAGUUUCCAAUCACUACAGUUGUGAAAUAACGAACCGAAAAAGGUGCUACGUAAUAUUAGAGUGGUUUUUUUGUUUUGUUUUUUUUUGUUAAUGAACCGUGAAUCAGUAUGAUUUAUCUUGAUCUCGACACCUGUGGUUUGAAUGUUAAGUUUUAAAGAUCUAAAUUUUCCAAAAAAAAAAAAAAAACUGAUUCAGACGCGUUCUUCACCCAGUCAUUGAUUGUCGUAAAAUUUGGCUUUUAACUUACCUGAAAGAUGAAUCUCCUUUACCUUAUGUGAAGACUGAAGGAGACUUUGUUCAACGAGUACUUCUACUGUAAGGAGAACUGUGUAAACCUCUGGCAAAAUUUUUUGAAAGAUUUUUCUUCACAAUCAUUCGUGGUUGGAAAAACUUCUUAGGUUAUCUUUGGUUGGUCGUGGCCUUUAAUCAUCUCAGUACUUGAAUCGCCAAAAUCCAUUAAAUAAUUAUAAACUUGAAGUAAACAAGAAAUUUAGGAAACGUAUCCAGAGUUGAUCUUUUAAGACCUUGUAUUUGAAACAGGAUUAAAGGUAUAAAUGAAGGGUAUGUGGAAGGCACCAGAUGGCAGCGAGAUGUAUGCGCCAG